AUGUAUCCGAAUCUCGCCUGGGACAGGCAUAGUUCAUGGGGUCUGCACGGCAUGACAAAGCAACAGAUCGACUCACGCGCCACGUACUACCGCGGGACGACGAGCUCGAACCCUGCCUGGGAUAUCAUUCGGUCCCUUCGCUCGGCCCCGAUCACACUCGAGAACUAUCCAUUUGACAAAAGGAUAUCUGCACCAAACAACCUGAUCGCGUGGGGGGUUGCGGACGAACUGCUGAGCGGCGGGGCAGCCAGUUCGUCAUCAUCUGGUUCGCGGACACAACAUGGAUCUAGCGUGCCGCGGCCUCUGCAGACCCCUCCACCAUCGCCCGAGAAGAAACGGAGAGUGAACGCCCCUGAGGCUGCUGGGCCUUCGGCCCUCCGCGAUCAUCGGUAG